CGUCUUAUUGAACUUAAGUGUGCAAUUCCACGAGGAAAUACGUUCAAUUGCCUAGCGAUUGAAUCCUGUAACAUGUCGUCCUCAGACGAGUCACGCUCCGCAUCCCCGGAUCCUGCGGCCGCGACUUUCACAUCCAAGAAGCGCAAGACCCAAGUCGACGAAAUCGAAGUCGACCUCAACCUUCCCGAGCCUCCUUCCAAAAAAGCGAAGCGUCUCCUCAAGAAAGGCAAGGCGCUGCCCAUCAAGCCCACCAGCGAUGAUGACGCCGACGACGAUGACCCGACCAAAUCCGGCAAAGGCGGCAAGGCCAAGUCGAAGCGCUCCGAAUUCGGCGUCUGGAUCGGCAACCUGCCGUGGACCAUGACGCGGACAGAGCUAUUCAAAUGGUUCGUCGAAAGCUCCGGCGGCGCCAUAACAGAAGAGAACAUUACACGCGUCAACCUACCGCCGAGCAAGCUGAAGCGGGAAGUAAUACCCGGCGAGGACAGGCCCAGGUUCCAGAACAAGGGCUUCGCGUACGUUGAUUUCGACACCGAGGCCGUAGCGGUUGCCGCCAUGGCGCUCACGGAAACGGAGCUCAACGGGAGGAAGGUGCUCAUUAAAAACUCGAGUUCGUUUGAGGGUCGGCCGGCGCCGCAGGCGGAGGGGGUGGCAGAUGCUGUUGCCGCGGUGUCGACAGAGAAGAAGAAUGAGUGUAGGAAGAUCUACGUGGGGAAUCUCUCUUUCCAGACUACGGAGGAUGAUCUGUGGACGCUGUUUGAUAAGUGUGGCGAGAUUUACUGGGUGAAAGUAGCUACGUUUGAAGAUACGGGGAAGUGCAAGGGAUACGGUUGGGUUAAGUUCCGGGAGGCGGAAGCGGCGGAGUGGGCGAAGAAGGGGUUCGUGAGGAUUAAGGAAGCCGUGGAGACGGAGGAUGAUUUCAAGGAUAGCGAAGCUGAAGCUGCCGAGACGAAAGAGCCGCAGGGAAAGAAGUUCACAACGAGGAAGUGGUGGGUUAACCGGCUUAGAGGCAGAGAGCUGAAGAUUGAGUAUGCGGAAGACGACCAGACGCGGUACAAGAAACGGUUUGGAAAGGACCGGCCGCCGAGGGAACAGACCGAGAAUGGUGCUGAGGGGAAAGAGAAUACGACACCACGAGCUGCGCCUCCUCGGAGAGCGGCGCCGCCACCGAAGCCGAAGGGGUAUGGUGAUGAAGGCGUCAAGUCGUAUCUCACGGGUGGUCUGGUUAAGCCGGAGGGCAAGAAGGUCACUUUUGAUUAGCGUGACUUGUCCGUGGCUGAACCUAUGCCCUGCAUAGUCUAAUACUAGAAAUGAGGAUUCAUGAUCUUACUUAAUUUGCU